GCAAACGAUAAAACCAGCUCGAAAUGUGACGAUAACGGUCGUGUGACGAUGAGUGAUCAAAUUUCGAUUCGUGCAGACACGUUGAGGGCAGCGAAGAGAAGGUCAUGGGCUCAACAAGAGACAUUGAUGGAUGAGGCCGAAUAUAUUCGAAAGAUUCUCUGCGAACAACAGAAAAAAGGGCGAACGCAUCUGAAUUUAGAUCCACAUCUGAAGAAUCUUUUGAAUAAUUCACCUGUUCAAGAGGUACUCAAUGAUAAGGUGCAACCAACUGAUCCAGUUGAGGUAAUUGAUUUAUAUUCUAAUAUUCAUCUUUCAUUUAUCGAUCGUCUUCCAAAUCAUCUGAUUACCGAUUGA